AUGGCGGCGGGUGGCAGCGGCGGGCGCGCGUCGUGCCCGCCGGGGGUCGGCCCGGGCACGGGGGGCGGCCCCGGGCCGAGCGCCAACGCGGUGGCCCCGGCCCCCGGCAACGCCGCCGCCGCCGCCGCCGCUGCUGCCGCCGCCGCUGCCGCCGCCGCCGCCGCCGCCGCCGCGCUUCCCGGGCCCCCCGCGCCGUCCCCGCCGGGCCCCGGGGCGGACGCGCAGGCCGCGGGCGCCGAGCGCGAGGAGGCGGCGGGCCCGGGCGCGGGGGCCGCGCUGCUGCGCGAACCCGUGUACAACUGGCAAGCCACCAAGCCCACGGUGCAGGAGCGCUUCGCCUUCCUCUUCAACAACGAGGUGCUGUGCGACGUGCACUUCCUGGUGGGCAAGGGGCUCAGCUCGCAGCGCAUCCCGGCGCACAGGUUUGUGCUGGCUGUGGGCAGUGCCGUCUUCGAUGCCAUGUUCAACGGCGGCAUGGCCACCACCUCCACCGAGAUCGAGCUGCCUGAUGUGGAGCCGGCUGCCUUCCUGGCUCUGCUCAAGUUCCUGUACUCAGACGAAGUGCAGAUUGGGCCUGAGACAGUCAUGACCACGCUGUACACAGCCAAGAAGUACGCGGUGCCUGCACUCGAGGCACACUGUGUGGAGUUCCUCAAGAAGAACUUGCGGGCCGACAAUGCAUUUAUGCUGCUCACGCAGGCGCGGCUCUUUGAUGAGCCGCAGCUGGCCAGCCUGUGCUUGGAGAACAUUGACAAGAACACGGCUGACGCCAUCACCGCAGAGGGCUUCACCGACAUUGACCUAGACACGCUGGUGGCUGUGCUGGAGCGCGACACGCUGGGUAUCCGGGAAGUGCGGUUGUUCAAUGCGGUGGUCCGUUGGUCUGAGGCGGAGUGUCAGCGGCAGCAGCUACAGGUGACACCAGAGAACAAGCGGAAGGUGCUGGGCAAAGCCCUGGGCCUCAUCCGCUUCCCACUGAUGACCAUAGAGGAGUUUGCAGCAGGCCCCGCACAGUCAGGCAUCCUGGUGGACCGAGAGGUGGUCAGCCUCUUCCUGCACUUCACCGUCAACCCCAAGCCCCGUGUGGAGUUCAUUGACCGGCCACGCUGCUGCCUGAGGGGCAAGGAGUGCAGCAUCAACCGCUUCCAGCAGGUGGAGAGCCGCUGGGGCUACAGCGGAACCAGCGACCGGAUCAGGUUCUCCGUCAACAAGCGUAUCUUUGUGGUGGGCUUCGGGCUCUAUGGAUCCAUCCACGGACCCACCGACUACCAAGUGAACAUCCAGAUCAUCCACACUGACAGCAACACGGUCCUGGGCCAGAACGACACUGGCUUUAGCUGCGAUGGCUCCGCCAGCACCUUCCGCGUCAUGUUCAAGGAGCCUGUGGAGGUACUGCCCAACGUCAGCUACACGGCCUGUGCCACGCUGAAGGGUCCAGACUCCCACUACGGCACCAAAGGCCUGCGCAAGGUGACCCACGAGUCGCCCACCACAGGGGCCAAGACGUGCUUCACCUUCUGCUACGCGGCUGGGAACAACAAUGGCACCUCUGUGGAGGACGGUCAGAUUCCAGAAGUCAUCUUCUACACCUAAGCCCCCCUCCCCCCCCCCCGCCAGGCCCUGAGGACAUCACUUAGGUCACCCUUGCCAGGUCCUGUCCAUGGAGAAUGGUGAGGCUUUGAUGUCAUUUCCCACCCACAACGUGCCCCCAGCCACGCCCACACCCGCCACCUUCCUCUGCAUCUUAGAAGGGGUGUCCCUGUGUCCACACAGGUGACAAGUGUGGCUGCUUGUUCAGGCACUGGGAGGUACCUGCUACAAGCUGGGGCCCUGCCAAGACAAUCCCACAGCCUCAGGGGGCAGGGCUGUGCGUGGCCACGCCCUCCCCCGCCCAGGGUCCCGCCAAGCAGGGCCCUCUGCCCAUGGUUGGGACAGUGGUUGGGCAGGCUGCCAGCUCCUGUUUGUCUUGUUUAACUGCACAUUGCAAUGCAUUCAGAUCCCCAUUUCUCUGCUCAGCCAGCACCAGGGCAAGGAGCUUCUAGAGCCAUUGAUCUGGGUCUCAUGGGCUUGGCCCCCAGUGUACCUGAGGCCACCUUGACCCCUGGCCUAACUAGGUGUCCCUACCUCCAGGAUGCCAGCCUGAAUCCUGGGAGGACUCAGUGAGGGGUGAGUGCCUGUGCUGUCCCUGAAGGGCAGCUCCUGGUCCUAGUGGCAAAAGGCUUGUCUCUGUGUGCCACCAGUGGACCAACUGAAGGCUGUCACCCCCAGCCUCUCAGGAAGGCCCUGCCUGUGCCUGAGGGACAGUGCUGCUACAGGUUGGGCUCCAGCUAGAUGCAGCACCACCCCAGCUGGCCAGAUGUGGGGCCAGGGUUGCCACCCACUGCCCCCCUACUACAUACUGCAGCCCAGGCAGCCACCAUGCACCCUGUCCAGAGGUGCUGGACCAUGCAGCUCCUGGCCCCAUCCCCACCCAUGUUCCCACCCCAGUGAUUCCUUCUGUAACCCAUAUCCCCCCAAAGCCAUGGGAGGGGUGCCCUCCUCCACACCAGUCCCCAAAUGAUUUUUCUAAGUAAAGGAAAGAAAAGCA